GCGUUCAUAGCCAUGCCCCCAGACACAUGUUGCAAAAAUCCUAUGGCGCCAGCAAGUUUUGUCUAUCUUGUGACAAUAUUACUCAUACGACGGCGCAACGCACAUUUUGCUUUUUUUUUUUUUUUCAUCCCUCCCCUCCUUCCCUUCCUCCCCCUCUUGGAGUCUGCGAUGGAAAAUUUUCACUUUACUUCCGGGAGCUUCAGGCAGUCGUUGGCGAAAACGUAUUCUGUUGCAUGGCGAUAGCAGUCAAACUGAUAUGGAAAAGUCAAGUGCAAUUCAAUGUAUACGUUAUCGGCAGCCAGCGAUGCGUAACCCAAUGCACAUGGCUUGGCGCAGCAAACCGAAUGGGCCAAUGCGAAACGUUUUCUUUUUACUCAAGUUUUUAAUCAGCUCAUCUCGUACCAAAUGAUUAUCAUCGUACCAUUCUAACUUCAUUCUUUUUAUUUGUACCUUUGUGCAACAGUGAAGCAAGAUGAACACAAGGCAGUUUCUUCAUUUACAGCUACACAGUAAAUGCAAGACACUAACAAAUGACUAAGAAAAAAAAAUUGUCCAUGAAAGUAGGGCUUUAAGCUAUGCUCCUUGUAUUCUUCAUUGUCAUUUUUGCUGACCAACUGGAAUGAAAGAGUCGAGAACCACACAAGUUAAAAUCCAAAACUUGCUUCUGCAGUCACUAUUGGACAGGGUAAAGAAAGAAUUCAUGGGUGUCUUUGAGCAUAAAUUUUUUAUUAAUAAUAAGUGGGGGUCGUCGUUGAGGAAGUAUAAAACGGGCUAUGUCUCAAGCUGAUAAUUGUGGAGGGGUUGUUUCUCUGAAAACCAUUCCAUGCUUGAUUUAUAAUUUGUAUCAGCUUGUAGACUAUAAAUAGCAGUAAUCGACUUUGAGGCAUAAAAAGGCAUACGAGCACAUACACAAACCGGAGUUAGUGUAGAACAUGUACCACUCAGAAACGUAAGUUUUGAGCUCAUGCCUUGUUUCUUUUGAAUUGUGCAUAAUUUUUUUAGAUACGCAAUCACCUGCAUUUGAAGCAUUCUCGUGCCCCCAUCCUGGGUUCUUGUGCACCGUUGUGAUUGAGAGAAUGUCUUCAACAUAGCAGCUUCCAUUUGCAACACACAAUAACAUUGGUGCUCCAUUUGCUAGGCUUGGCUAAAGUGCAGUGGUAUCAUGCAUAUAGGCCAUGAGCAUAGAAGCAGCCAGAGACCACUUGCACAUCACACACUUGAAGGCACCAAACGGGUGAUACGGGUGCAAUGGAAGAACAGCAGACAGAUGUACGGGCUGAUGCAGCUUCCACGGAGAGUGAACCUGGUGGUGGUGACUCUGAGGCCAUCUCUGACAUCCAAAACUAUCUGGCUUCUUUCAACAAAGAGAUUCAGGGAGAUGGAGGAGCAGCAGCAGCCGUUGCAGCCGGCGAAACUGCGCUGGGCUCUUCGGAAGCCGAUGGCUCUGAAGGUGACUGCGCAGCUUCAGCGGAUGGUACCACGACGUAUUAUGUGACACAGACACCCGAUGGCUUCCAGUAUGCCACAGCAAGCCAGGGCCAAUUUGAAGGCGCUACGACGUAUUACACCCCUGCGCAAGCCACUUUCUAUGCUGCUGGAGGGGAUGACACGGGCGAAGCUACUGCUAGGGUGACAGCUUCGGGGCAGCUUGAAGCUAUCCGUGGGUAUGCCACGACAGCUGACGGGAAGACUUUUCAAGCAACUGCCACGACUGAAGAUGGACUUCAGCAGAUUGUCUUGGCUGUCGGAGAUUCUCAGGGUCAAGGAUCUGAGCCCAGGGAGAUAGCGGUCACCAUUCCAGCUUCCAUAGCUGGCCAGGUUGGACACGAAAGCACAGAGGAACUGCUGCAGGCUGUUGAGCAGCAAGGUGGGUCGACUGGAGAAGGCUCCGAAGCACCAGACCAGCCCACGUUUGUGGCCAUGCAGCCUGGAGCAUCACACGAUGGAAGCGAAGAGCAACAGGUGAUCCUAAACACGGGCAACUCAUACCAGACAGUGACAAUCGUGCCAUCGGACACAAAUCCAGGGGAAGUGAGUUAUGUUCUAAUUGUUUCGCAACCUGAAGAUGGAAAAGAAGGACCAAAAGGUGGUGAUGUUGAUAUGUCGGUCUACGACUUCAACGAGGGUGGUGAAAAACACACAGGCGAACUUGCAGCGGAGGAAGCUGCUGCAGCAGCAGAAGCUGGGGGACAAGUUGUGGCAAAGAUGCGCACAAUAAAGAUCACACCCAAGAAAAGCCAGACAGUGACGCAAGCCCACAUGUGCAACUACUGUAAUUAUACGAGUCCAAAACGAUACCUGCUCUCUCGACACAUGAAGAGCCACUCGGAGGAGCGACCGCACAAGUGUUCUGUCUGUGAGCGAGGCUUCAAGACACUAGCAUCUUUGCAGAACCACGUGAAUACUCAUACUGGUACACGACCGCAUCAGUGUAAGGAGUGCGAAGCUGCCUUCACAACAUCCGGGGAGUUAGUGCGGCAUGUGCGGUAUCGCCACACACAUGAAAAACCCCAUCGUUGUACAGAAUGUGAUUAUGCUUCUGUGGAACUGAGUAAAUUGAAGAGGCACAUGAGGUGCCACACGGGUGAACGGCCCUACCAGUGCCCUCACUGCACAUACGCUUCUCCUGACACAUACAAGCUGAAGAGGCAUCUUCGUAUUCACACGGGAGAGAAGCCUUACGAGUGUGACGUAUGUCACGCCCGGUUCACCCAGUCCAACAGUUUGAAAGCCCACAAAUUGAUCCACUCUGGGAACAAGCCUGUCUUCCAGUGUGAGCUUUGCCCAACAACGUGUGGCCGCAAGACGGAUCUUCGUAUCCACGUGCAGAAGCUGCACACUAGUGAUAAGCCUCUCAAGUGCAAACGCUGUGGAAAAUCGUUUCCAGAUCGGUAUACAUACAAGGUGCAUGUGAAGAGCCACGAGGGCGAGAAGUGUUUCAAGUGUGAUCUCUGCCCUUAUGCAUCAAUCUCUCAACGGCAUUUGGAAUCACACAUGCUAAUCCACACGGACCAGAAACCAUUCCGGUGCGAUGAAUGUGACCAGGCCUUCAGGCAAAAGCAGCUCCUGAAGAGACACAAAAACCUGUAUCACGACCCCAAUUAUGUGCCACCCAUUCCCAAGGAAAAGACUCACGAGUGUCCUGAGUGUUCCAAGGCCUUUCGCCAUAAGGGAAACCUUAUCCGUCACUUGGCAAUCCACGAUCCGGAGGCAACUGCGGCUGAACGAGCGGAAGCGAUGCGUAUUGGUGAACCCAAAGGCCCAGGUGAAGAACCUGAUGGUGAGGAAGAUGAUUUUAUGGUCGAAGAAGAAGAAGAUGAGGAGAUGGAUGACCUUGGCAUGGAAGAUGGCAUGAUGGGAGAAGGCCAGCAGGUGGUGGUGUUCGAGGUAAUCCAAAUACCUGCAGCAGAUGGUGUGUCUAUGGAACAACAUGCCAUACGAGCAAUAACGUCUCAGGAAGCUGUACAUGUGGCCAACAACGGGGGCGUACUCACCACAACUGGUGCUGACGGCCAGGAGCUGACUAUCAUCCAGCAGAUGCCCCAAGAGCAGCAGCAGCAGCACACCAUAGUCACUGAAGUAGUCAAAGGAGGUAUGGGCCCAACAAUAAAGAGGUCGCGAGGACGGCCACGCAAAUAUGCGACCAUGGAAAUGGUUGCCAGCCAAGAGGACUUGGGAAUUAUGAAGGUUGAACUGGACGGUCCACAGCGGGAAGCAGAGAUAGCAAGACGACGUCUUGAACAGAAGCAGAAAGAUAUGGAUGAAUGUUUUGGAUUUAAUGACGAAGAAGACGAAACAAUCUUGGCCAUGCCAGCUGCCUCAGACGUGAAUGGACCUGAAGAAGAGAAAGUGAUCCAUGAAGAAGAUGGCAACACAACCACCUAUAUCCUGAUGCAGGAGAAUGGAGAAGCUGUGUAGGAUAGGCAGAUGGGGAGAUCUGUACCAAAAUCUUGUAGAUAGGACACAAUGACACUCGUGCAGGGCGUAAGUGAACAUCCAUGCCACCAUGGGGAGGGCUGCUUUUGUGCAAGUCAGGAGGCAAAUGGACAUUUUGUUUUCCACCUCUCCCAGAGGCACUCCCAAGGAAUGCUUUGUACAGGUUUCCUUUCGUGCUUGUUUAUCUGCGUGUCUUGGAGGCCAGUUAUGUUUGUUUUAUUUUAGAGCAUGCAAUGUGGCCUUUGCUCUCAGAGAGUAAAAUGUAUGGCAGUAUUCUUGCUGCAUCGUGUUUUAUGGUAUUAAGUGAUGUUGCAUGCUGGAUGAUGCAGACUGUUGGAGGUUAAAUAAGUGGCACACCUUGAGACAAGGGAAGUGUUUUAUGACUAUGUUUCUGGCACGUGUUUGCAGGCAUUACCACUUAUUUUAAGUAUGGUCAGUCGGCUAAUUUUGAAAAUACGGAUGUUUUUGUGUGUACAUACUUGGAUCGAUAUCAGCACCCACCCUCGCGCUACAGCACCAAUUUUGUAUGUAACUGACCCCACUGGCCUGCACAAAUCACAUGUUUGGCGAACAUACCUAAUGUGUUUCCAGAUGUGUCUGCAGUGAGUUUUGUUGGGUCUAGAAAGGUAGUCAUCUGUGGCCAAUUAUGUUGUGUUGGACCGUAGAUCUCACAUGUACCACGUGGCUUACACAUUGAACAGUACGUUCAGCAAUGUUGAUGUAGUCAGGCAGAUUGUGUAUCGGGCUUGUUUCAGUCUGUACUAAUCUCUAAAACUGGAUUUUAUAAAUACAAGAGAAGAGCUCUGUCCAUUGCAAAGCUUCCUUUGCUAGCAGAGGCCUAAUAAAGUUUCCUUGAACAAUA